CCUGUCCCGCCGCCGCGGCCCCGCCGAGCCAUAAAGCCCAUGGGGAGCCGGCCGGGCUGAGCACGGCGGGACCCGCGACCCCCCCAGCAAGAUGACCUCCUCCACCAAGGUGUACUACAGCCAGACCACGCAGACCGACAGCCGCCCGCUGAUGGGGCCGGGGCUGCGGCGGCGCCGGGUGCUGACCAAGGACGGCCGCAGCAACGUGCGCAUGGAGCACAUCUCGGACAAGCGCUUCCUGUACCUCAAGGACCUGUGGACCACCUUCAUCGACCUGCAGUGGCGCUACAAGCUGCUGCUCUUCUCCGCCACCUUCGCCGGCACCUGGUUCGCCUUCGGCGUGGUCUGGUACCUGGUGGCGGCGGCGCACGGCGACCUGCUGGAGUUCGAGCCGCCCGCCAACCACACGCCGUGCGUGAUGCAGGUGCACACGCUGACCGGCGCCUUCCUCUUCUCCCUGGAGUCGCAGACCACCAUCGGCUACGGCUUCCGCUACAUCAGCGAGGAGUGCCCGCUGGCCAUCGUGCUGCUCAUCACCCAGCUGGUGCUCACCACCAUCCUGGAGAUCUUCAUCACCGGCACCUUCCUGGCCAAGAUCGCGCGGCCCAAGAAGCGCGCCGAGACCAUCAAGUUCAGCCAGAACGCGGUGGUGGCGCAGCACGACGGCAAGACCUGCCUGAUGAUCCGCGUGGCCAACAUGAGGAAGAGCCUCCUGAUCGGCUGCCAGGUCACGGGCAAGCUGCUGCAGACGCACCUGACCAAGGAGGGCGAGAGCGUGCGGCUCAACCAGCUCAACGUGGACUUCCAGGUGGACACGUCCUCGGACAGCCCCUUCCUCAUCCUGCCGCUGACCUUCUACCACGUGGUGGACGAGGCCAGCCCGCUGCGGGACGUGUCGCUGCGCUCGGGCGACGGCGACUUCGAGCUGGUGGUGAUCCUGAGCGGCACCGUGGAGUCGACCAGCGCCACGUGCCAGGUGCGCACGUCCUACCUGCCCGAGGAGAUCCUGUGGGGCUACGAGUUCACGCCGGCCAUCUCGCUGUCGGCCAGCGGCAAGUACGUGGCGGAUUUCAGCCUCUUCGACCGCGUGGUGAAGGUGGCGGCGCCCCGCUGCCACCGCGAGCCCGCGCGGUUCGGGGACCCCGAGAAGGUGAAGCUGGAGGAGUCGCUGCGGGAGGCGGAGCGCGACGGGGAGGGGGCCCCGCUCAGCGUCCGCAUCAGCAACGUCUGAGGGGGGACGCGGAGGGGACAUCGGCACCGGGGGGCACCGCGGGGAGGGGUGGCACCGCGGAGAGGGGUGGCACCGUGGUGACGGGUGGCACUGUGGUGACGGGUGGCACUGUGGUGACGGGUGGCACCGGUGCCCAGGUGGCACCGGAGCAACGGGGUGGUGGAGGAUGCUGGAGGUGUCACCAGCCCUGGAGGUGUCACCGUCCCUGGAGGUGUGUCACCAUCCUUGGGGGUGUCACCGUCCCUGGGGGUGUCACCAUCCUUGGGGGUGUCACCGUCCCUGGGGGUGUCACCAGCCCUGGGGGUGUCACUAUCCCUGGAGGUGCAGCCAUCCCUGGAGGUGUCACUGGGUUCAAAGGGACACAAACAUCUGGAGGUGUCACUAGCCCUGGAGGUGUCACCGUCCCUGGAGGUGUCACCAGCCCUGGGGGUGUCAUCAACCCUGGAGAUGUCACCAUCCUUGGGGGUGUCACCGUCCCUGGAGGUGUCACCAUCCUUGGAGGCGCCAUCAGCCCUGGAGGUGUCACCAUCCCUGGAGGUGUCACUAGCCCUGGAGGUGUCACCAGCCCUGGGGGUGUCACUAGCCCUGGAGGUGUCACCAGCCCUGGGGGUGUCACCAUCCUUGGGGGGUGUCACCAGCCCUGGGGGUGUCACCAGCCCUGGAGGUGUCACCAUCCUUGGAGGCGCCAUCAGCCCUGGAGGUGUCACCAUCCCUGGAGGUGUCACUAGCCCUGGAGGUGUCACCAGCCCUGGGGGUGUCACCAUCCUUGGGGGGUGUCACCAGCCCUGGGGGUGUCACCAGCCCUGGGGGUGUCACCAUCCUUGGAGGUGUUGCCAGCCCUGGAGGUGUCACCAGCCCCAAAGGGACACCAGUAUCUGGAGGAUGCUGGAGGUGUCACCAUGUCUGAAGGUGUCACAGGGUUCAAGGGGCCACCAACAUCUGGAUAUGCCACCAAACCUGAAGGUGUCACCAGCUCCAAAGGGACACCAGCAACUGGAGGUGUCACCUGGUUCAAGGGGACACCAACAUCUGGAGGUGCCACCAGCCCUGGAGGUGUCACCAAUGCUUGGAGAUGUCACCAGUCUCAGACUGUCACCAGCCCUGGAGGUGCCACCAGCCUCAGAGUGUCACCAAGUCCGGAGGUGUUGCCAAGUUUGGAGUUUUCACCGGUUUCAAUGGGACACCAGUGUCUGGAGGUGUCACCAGCCCAAAAGUGUCACCAACACCUGGAGUGCCACCAGCCCUGGAACUGCCACCAGCACCAAGGGGACACCAAGGCCUGAAGGUGUCACCAACCCCUGGAAGUGUCACCAAGUCUGGAGGUGGCACAAAGCCCUGAGGUGCCACCAGCCCCAGAGUGUCACCAAUGCCUGGAAGUGCCACCAGCCCUGGAGAUGCCACCAACCCCAAGGGGACAUCAGUGUCUGAAGAAGCCACCAGACCCCAAGUGUCACCGGUGCUGAGGUGCCACCAGCCCUGGUGGUGUCACCAGUUACUUGGAGGUGUCACCAGCAUCUGGAGGUGCCACCAGCCCGGAGGUGACAUCAGCCCUGAGGUGACACCAGUCCCAAGAUGCCACCAAUGUUUGGAAGUGUCACCAACAUCUGGAAGUGCCACCAACCCCAAAGUGCCACCAACCCCUGGAGGUGACACCAGCCUCAAGGUGCCACCAGUGCCUGAAAGUGUCACCUCUCCCUGGAGGUGCCACCAGUCCCAAA